GUGUGGCGCUGGUGCGUGUCCUACCACACCAGGAAGUUCCGUGACAGCAUGGCUCCAAACUACUACGAGACCUUACUGGGUGUGGCCAGAGACAAGGCUAAUCCCGCCUCCAAACAGAUAGAGCUUGACCUGCUGAGGACCUUGCCUAACAACAAACACUACUCCUCUCCCAGCGCCGAAGGAAUACAGAAACUACGUAACGUCCUGCUAGCCUUCUCCUGGAGGAACCCCGACAUAGGAUACUGCCAGGGACUCAACAGGUACAUAACUACUGCAGUACGACUACCAUUCAAUUACUACAUUACUAGUAUAUAGGGCUAUAUGUCAUACUACUAUUAUAUAGGGCUAUAUAUCAUACUACUAGUAUAUAGGGCUAUAUGUCAUACUACUAGUAUAUAGGGCUAUAUAUCAUACUACUAGUAUAUAGGGCUAUAUAUCAUACUACUAGUAUAUAGGGCUAUAUAUCAUACUACUAGUAUAUAGGGCUAUAUAUCAUACUACUAGUAUAUAGGGCUAUAUCAUACUACUAGUAUAGGCUAUAUCAUACUAGUAUAUAGGGCUAUAUAUCAUACUACUAGUAUAUAGGGCUAUAUGUCAUACUACUAGUAUAUGGGGCUAUAUGUCAUACUACUAGUAUAUAGGGCUAUAUAUCAUACUACUAGUAUAUAGGGCUGGGCUAUAUAUCAUACUACUAGUAUAUAGGGCUAUAUAUCAUACUACUAGUAUAUAGGGCUAUAUAUCAUACUACUAGUAUAUAGGGCUAUAUAUCAUACUACUAGUAUAUAGGGCUAUAUAUCAUACUACUAGUAUAUAGGGCUAUAUAUCAUACUACUAGUAUAUAGGGCUAUAUAUCAUACUACUAGUAUAUAGGGCUGGGCUAUAUAUCAUACUACUAGUAUAUAGGGCUAUAUAUCAUACUACUAGUAUAUAGGGCUAUAUAUCAUACUACUAGUAUAUAGGGCUAUAUAUCAUACUACUAGUAUAUAGGGCUGGGCUAUAUAUCAUACUACUAGUAUAUAGGGCUAUAUGUCAUACUACUAGUAUAUAGGGCUAUAUAUCAUACUACUAGUAUAUAGGGCUAUAUGUCAUACUACUAGUAUAUAGGGCAUUAAAAUAUAGGGCUAUAUAUCAUACUACUAGUAUAUAGGGCUAUAUAUCAUACUACUAGUAUAUAGGGCUAUAUGUCAUACUACUAGUAUAUAGGGCUAUAUAUCAUACUACUAGUAUAUAGGGCUAUAUGUCAUACUACUAGUAUAUAGGGCUAUAUAUCAUACUACUAGUAUAUAGGGCUAUAUAUCAUACUACUAGUAUAUAGGGCUAUAUAUCAUACUACUAGUAUAUAGGGCUAUAUAUCAUACUACUAGUAUAUAGGGCUAUAUAUCAUACUACUAGUAUAUAGGGCUAUAUAUCAUACUACUAGUAUAUAGGGCUAUAUAUCAUACUACUAGUAUAUAGGGCUGGGCUAUAUAUCAUACUACUAGUAUAUGGGGCUAUAUAUCAUACUACUAGUAUAUAGGGCUAUAUAUCAUACUACUAGUAUAUGGGGCUAUAUAUCAUACUACUAGUAUAUAGGGCUAUAUAUCAUUACAUUUACAUUUUAGUCAUUUAGCAGACGCUCUUAACCAGAGCGACUUACAGGAGCAAUUAGGGUUAAGUGCCUUGCUCAAGGGCACAUUAACGUCAUUUAGCAGACGCUCUUAGCCAGAGCGACUCACAAAUUGGUGCGUUCACCCUAUAGCCAGUGGGAUAACCACUUUACAAUUUGGGGGGGGGGGGGGGGGUUAGAAGGAAUACUUUAUCCUAUCCCAGGUAUUCCUUAAAGAGGUGGGGUUUCAAAUGUCUCCGGAAGGUGGUGAGUGACUCCGCUGUCCUGGCGUCGUGAGGGAGCUUGUUCCACCAUUGGGGUGCCAGAGCAGCGAACAGUUUUGACUGGGCUGAGCGGGAGCUAUGCUUCCGCAGAGGAAGGGGAGCCAGCAGGCCAGAGGUGGAUGAACGCAAUGUCCUCGUUUGGGUGUAGGGACUGAUCAGAGCCUGAAGGUACAGAGGUGCCGUUCCCCUCACUGCUCCAUAGGCAAGCACCAUGGUCUUGUAGCGGAUGCGAGCUUCAACUGGAAGCCAGUGGAGUGUGCGGAGGAGGGGGGUGACGUGAGAGAACUUGGGAAGGUUGAACACCAGACGGGCUGCGGCAUUCUGGAUGAGUUGUAGGGGUUUAAUGGCACAGGCAGGGAGCCCAGCCAACAGCGAGUUGCAGUAGUCCAGACGGGAGAUGACAAGUGCCUGGACCAGGACCUGCGCCGCUUCCUGUGUAAGGCAGGGUCGCACUCUCCGAAUGUUGUAGAGCAUGAACCUGCAGGAGCGGGUCACCGCCUUGAUGUUGGCGGAGAACGACAGGGUGUUGUCCAGGGUCACGCCUAGGCUCUUCGCACUCUGGGAGGAGGACACAGCGGAGUUGUCAACCGUGAUGGCGAGAUCAUGGAACGGGCAGUCCUUCCCCGGGAGGAAGAGCAGCUCCGUCUUGCCAGGGUUCAGCUUGAGGUGGUGAUCCGUCAUCCAUACUGAUAUGUCUGCCAGACAUGCAGAGAUGCGAUUCGCCACCUGGUUAUCAGAAGGGGGAAAGGAGAAGAUUAGUUGUGUAUCAUCAGCGUAGCAAUGAUAGGAAAGGCCAUGUGAGGAUAUGACAGAGCCAAGUGACUUGGUGUAUAGGGAGAAAAGGAGAGGGCCCAGAACCGAUCCCUGGGGGACACCAGUGGUGAGAGCACGUGGUGCGGAGACAGCUUCCCGCCACGCCACUUGGUAGGAGCGACCGGUCAGGUAGGACGCAAUCCAGGAGUGAGCCGCGCCGGAGAUGCCCAUCUCGGAGAGGGUGGAGAGGAGGAUCUGAUGGUUCACAGUAUCAAAGGCAGCAGACAGGUCUAGAAGGACAAGAGCAGAGGAGAGAGAGUUAGCUUUAGCAGUGCGGAGAGUCUCCGUGACACAGAGAAGAGCAGUCUCAGUUGAAUGACCAGUCCUGAAACCUGAUUGGUUUGGAUCAAGAAGGUCAUUCUGAGAGAGAUAGCAGGAGAGUUGGCUAAAGACGGCACGCUCAAUAGUUUUGGAAAGAAAAGAAAGAAGGGAUACUGGUCUGUAGUUGUUGACAUCAGUGGGGUCGAGUGUUGGUUUUUUGAGAAGGGAGGGAGGAAAAUGUGGCAAAGAGCUUCCUAGGGUUAGAGGCAGAUGCUUGGAAUUUAGAGUGGUAGAAGGUGGCCUUAGCAGCAGAAACAGAUGAAGAAAAUGUAGAGAGGAGGGAGUGAAAAGAUGCCAGGUCGGCAGGGAGUUUAGUUUUCUUCCAUUUCCGCUCCGCUGCCCGGAGCUCUGUUCUGUGAGCUCGCAAUGAGUCAUCAAGCCACGGAGCUGGAGGGGAGGACCGAGCCGGCCGGGAGGAUAGGGGACACAGAGAGUCAAAGGAUGCAGAAAGGGAGGAGAGGAGGGUUGAGGAGGCAGAAUCAGGAGAUUGGAGGGAGAAGGAUUGAGCAGAGGGAAGAGAUGAUAGGAUGGAGGAGGAGAGAGUAGUGGGAGAGAGAGAGCGAAGGUUGCGGCGGCGCAUUACCAUCUGUGUAGGGGCAGAGUGAGUAGUGUGGGAGGAGAGUGAGAGAGAAAAGGAAACAAAGUAGUGGUCGGAGACUUGGAGGGGAGUUGCAGUGAGAUUAGUAGAGGAGCAGCAUCUAGUGAAGAUGAGGUCAAGCGUAUUGCCUGCCUUGUGAGUAGGGGGGGACGGUGAGAGGGUGAGGUCAAAAGAGGAGAGGAGUGGAAAGAAGGAGGCAGAGAGAAAUGAGUCAAAUGUGGACAUAGGGAGGUUGAAAUCCCCCAAAACUGUGAGGGGUGAGCCAUCCUCAGGGAAGGAACUUAUCAAGGCGUCAAGCUCAUUGAUGAACUCUCCAAGGGAACCUGGAGGGCGAUAGAUGACAAGGAUAUUAAGCUUAAAUGGGCUAGUGACUGUGACAGCAUGGAAUUCAAAUGAGGAGAUAGACAGAUGGGUUAGGGGAAAAAUUGAGAAUGUCCACUUGGGAGAGAUGAGGAUUCCUGUACCACCACCCCUCUGACCAGAUGCUCUCGGGGUAUGCGAGAACACAUGGUCAGACGAGGAGAGAGCAGUAGGAGUAGCGGUGUUUUCAGUGGUAUAUAUAUCAUACUACUAGUAUAUAGGGCUAUAUGUCAUACUACUAGUAUAUAGGGCUAUAUAUCAUACUACAUACUACUAGUAUAUAGGGCUAUAUGUCAUACUACUAGUAUAUAGGGCUAUAUAUCAUACUACUAGUAUAUAGGGCUAUAUAUCAUACUACUAGUAUAUAGGGCUAUAUGUCAUACUACUAGUAUAUAGGGCUAUAUAUCAUACUACUAGUAUAUAGGGCUAUAUGUCAUACUACUAGUAUAUAGGGCUAUAUAUCAUACUACUAGUAUAUAGGGCUAUAUGUCAUACUACUAGUAUAUAGGGCUAUAUAUCAUACUACUAGUAUAUAGGGCUAUAUAUCAUACUACUAGUAUAUAGGGCUAUAUAUCAUACUACUAGUAUAUAGGGCACGAUGAUAUGGUGUGUGGUUCUCCCACUACGACUCGGGAAACCAUGCAGUUUAUUAGGCUACAGAUGAAAUAGGCCUUAUUUAUGAUGAACUUUACAGGGAGGUGAAAGUGCACGAUGACGAGCUUGAUGCUCCUUUUCAGUAAAUAUUUAGGGUUUUAUACUGGUGACAUGAUGAUCGAUGCUUGACUGCUGUUUGACAAAUACAAAUAAUCUCUCUCUUAUCCAUAAUAACCUCAUCAUGUAGACUAGCCCACCUUCACAGUCUACCCGCCCUGUACCUGCGAGCUGUUGGCUAGAGGCCAGGACCACAGUCUACCCGCCCUGUACCUGCGAGCUGUUGGCUAGAGGCCAGGACCACAGUCUACCUGUCCUGUAUCUAUGAGCUGUUGGCUAGAGGCCAGAGUCUACCCGCCCUGUAUCUACGAGCUGUUGGCUAGAGACCAGGACCACAGUCUACCCGCCCUGUACCUGCGAGCUGUUGGCUAGAGACCACAGUCUACCUGCCCUGUACCUACGAGCUGUUGGCUAGAGGCCAGGACCACAGUCUACCCGCCCUGUACCUACGAGCUGUUGGCUAGAGGCCAGGACCACAGUCCUACCCGCCCUGUAUCUACGAGCUGUUGGCUAGAGGCCAGGACCACAGUCUACCCGCCCUGUAUCUACGAGCUGUUGGCUAGAGGCCAGGACCACAGUCUACCCGCCCUGUAUCUACGAGCUGUUGGCUAGAGGCCAGGACCAGAGUCUACCCGCCCUGUACCUACGAGCUGUUGGCUAGAGGCCAGGACCAGAGUCGACCCGCCCAUGUAUCCUACGAGCUGUUGGCUAGAGGCCAAGGACCACAGUCUACCCGCCCUGUAUACUACGAGCUGUUGGCUAGAGGCCAGGACCAACAGUCUACACUGCCCUGUAUCUACGAGCUGUUGGCUAGAGGCCAGGACCACAGUCUACCCGCCUGUACCUACGAGCUGUUGGCUAGAGGCCAAGGACCAGAGUCUACUACCGCCCUGUAUCUACGAGCUGUUGGCUAGAGGCCAGGCCACAGUCUACCCCGCCCUGUAUCUACGAGCUGUUGGCUAGAGGCCAGGACCACAGUCUACCCGCCCUGUACCUACGAGCUGUUGGCUAGAGGCCAAGACCACAGUCUACCCGCCCUGUACCUACGAGCUGUUGGCUAGAGGCCAGGACCACAGUCUACCCGCCCUGUACCUAUGAGCUGUUGGCUAGAGGCCAGGACCACAGUAGGCACAUUCGUUUUUAACUCAAGUGUUUGUGACAACAAUAUCAGUAGAGUUAGAAACACAUUCAACUUUAGGUUUUUAUUCGUUACAUGAAAACUUCAAAAUAACAUUUUUUGCGUCAUCACACACUGAUUUUCAUCUGCAAUUUUGGUGGAAACAAACCACUGGUGGGUAAAUGUGCAUAUUUCCUUUAUGCAUAUUUUUUGAGCAUUUGUAUGAAAAUCUGUCGCCAAUUGGAUGGAAACAUGUUAUGACCAUAUAUUUUCAAUGGAUUCAAUGGCAGUUCUUACUUUCGCCACAAGGGGGCAUUGUGCCGAUUUCUAGGGGUUAUUUUGGCACCUGCAAGAUUCAUGGCAAAACAAGUACAUUGAGUUUCAUCACUCAGUUAUUACAUUUAACAAACCAAGCAUUGAAAUACUGUUAUGUAAGGUCAAGUAGAAAUCCAAACCGGUCCAUUCAUCAGUAGUGUUAAAUCCACAACUUCAAUCCCUCCACAGCCUCAUAGAGGAUCUAGAUACAUUUUCUAUGCUCUCUGGAUUACAACCAAAUUAUGAUAAAUGUACUAUAUUACGUAUUGGAUCACUAAAAAAUACAACUUUUACAUUACCAUGUAGUUUACCAAUAAAAUGGUCUGAUGGUGAUGUGGAUAUACUCGGAAUACAUAUCCCAAAGGAAAUAAAUGAUCUCACUUCAAUACAUUUUAAUAGAAAGUUAGCAAAAAAUAGAUAAGAUCUUGCUACCAUGGAAAGGUAAAUACCUUUCAAUUUGUGGUAAAAUCACCCUGAUUAAUUCUUUAGUAUUAUCCCAGUUUACCUAUUUGCUUAUGGUCUUGCCUACGCCUAGCGAACAGUUUUUUAAAUUAUAUGAGCAAAAAAUAUUCCAUUUGAUUUGGAACGGGCAAAAUUAAACGGGCCUAUUUAUAUAAUGAAUAUGAAUUCGGAGGACAGAAAUUAUUAAAUAUAUCACUAAAAGUCAUAAAGAAGUUAUACUUAAAUCUGAACUGGUUCUCUAGCAAAUUAGUAAGAUUGUCUCACCCAAUGUUCAAGAAUAGCCUUUUCCCCUUUAUUCAGAUUACAACCUCUCACUUUCAGUCAUUUGAAAAGGAAAUAAUCUCCCAAAUAUCACUAUUUCUAAAACAAGCCAUAGAAAGUUGGUUGCAAUUUCAAUUGAAUCCUCCAGAAAUGACAGAAAAAUUAUGCAACAAAUAUAGUGGUUAAACACAAAUCUCCUAAUUGAUUUUAAAAAAUGAAAAAAUGUUUAAAAAGGUAUAAUCUUCGUAAAUGAUAUCAUCGGUAGGACUGGUGGAGUUAUGUCGCACAUGCAGCUAACAAAAACAUAUGGAAAUGUCUGCUCUACCCAAAAUUACAACCAAAUAAUUUCAGCAUUACCGCAAAAAUGGAAGAGGAAAGUGGAAGGGGGAGAAAGUAAGGAACUUGUCUGUCGGCCCUGCAUUAAAGAACAUAAUUGGUUAAAGAAAACUGUGAUAAAUAAAAAAGUAUACCAGUUUCAUUUAAUGACCAAAGGAUUGACAGCCGUCCCAUAUAGAUUGCAAAAUAGUUGGGAAGAGAUCUUUGACGUACCGAUCCCAUGGCAUAGUGUUUAUGAACUGAUACGCAAAACGACACAGGAUUCAAAACGUAGAAUUUAAAUUAUUAUACAAAAUUCUUGCUACCAAUAGAAUGUUAUUUAUAUGGGGGAUACAAUCUUCCCAGCUCUGCAGAUUUUGCUGCGAAGAGACAGAAUCAUUUGUUUUGGUACUGUCCAUUUGUAGUUUGUUUUUGGACACAGGUCCAGGAAUGGCUAAAGGAUUGCAAUAUUUACCUAACCCUGCAGAUAGCAUUUCUGGGUGAUCUGAAAAGUCAUAGUCAAAUCGAUCAAUAAUAUAAUAAUACUUUUAGCAAAAAUGUUUAUUUGCAAUUCGCAAUCUGUAGAAACAAUGAGAAUAGAAGGGUUCAGAACUUUUGUAAAACAUCACAGUACAGUUGAAAAAUAUAUAGCAAAUAGAAAUCCAAUAUGGAUGGUGUUAAGAGAUAGAUGGGAGGUGUUGAAUGGAGCUGAAGGUUGGGACUAAUAACAACUAACAACAACAAGAUAACUAAUGUAAAACAUACUGUGUCCAUAACAAGUAUAUAGGUUAUAGGUUAAGAACUUUUGUGAAAGAGUACAGUUUGAAAGAUAUGGCAUAUAGAAGCAAACCGGCUGGACAUCAUGAAAAUGAUGAGGUUGAGGGUAGAGGAAGUUCAGGAGAAAAAACAAACAAAAUAGAACAAUUGUAAAAUUGACUGUGUCCAUAAAAUGUAUAUAGUAAGUAUAAGCUGGAAGUAGAGGCCUAAGCAUUGUUGUUCACUGGUUUACUCCAAUUAGGAGAAGGGUGGUGGGAUUGGAAAGAAAUGAAGGAAAAUAUAUUUAGAAAAAGUGUGUAUGUAUGUAUGUAUAUUUAUUUAUUUAUUUAUUUAUUUAUUUAUAUAAUUAUUUAGUCAGCCACCAAUUGUGCAAGUUCUCCCACUUAAAAAGAUGAGAGAGGCCUGUAAUUUUCAUCAUAGAUACACGUCAACUUUGACAGACAAAAUGAGAUUUUUUUUCUCCAGAAAAUCACAUUGUAGGAUUUUUAAUGAAUUUAUUUGCAAAUUAUGGUGGAAAAUAAGUAUUUGGUCAAUAACAAAAGUUUCUCAAUACUUUGUUAUAUACCCUUUGUUGGCAAUGACACAGGUCAAACGUUUUCUGUAAGUCUUCACAAGGUUUUCACACACUGUUGCUGGUAUUUUGGCCCAUUCCUCCAUGCAGAUCUCCUCUAGAGCAGUGAUGUUUUGGGGCUGUCGCUGGGCAACACAGACUUUCAACUCCCUCCAAAGAUUUUCUAUGGGGUUGAGAUCUGGAGACUGGCUAGGCCACUCCAGGACCUUGAGAUGCUUCUUACGGAGCCACUCCUUCGUUGCCCGGGCGGUGUGUUUGGGAUCAUUGUCAUGCUGAAAGACCCAGCCACGACCCAUCUUCAAUGCUUUUACUGAGGGAAGGAGGUUGUUGGCCAAGAUCUCGCGAUACAUGGCCCCAUCCAUCCUCCCCUCAAUAUGGUGCAGUCGUCCUGUCCCCUUUGCAGAAAAGCAUCCCCAAAGAAUGAUGUUUCCACCUCCAUGCUUCACGGUUGGGAUGGUGUUCUUGGGGUUGUACUCAUCCUUCUUCUUCCUCCAAACACGGCGAGUGGAGUUUAGACCAAAAAGCUCUAUUUUUGUCUCAUCAGACCACAUGACCUUCUCCCAUUCCUCCUCUGGAUCAUCCAGAUGGUCAUUGGCAAACUUCAGACGGGCCUGGACAUGCGCUGGCUUGAGCAGGGGGACCUUGCGUGCACUGCAGGAUUUUAAUCAUCCAUGACGGCGUAGUGUGUUACUAAUGGUUUUCUUUGAGACUGUGGUCCCAGCUCUCUUCAGGUCAUUGACCAGGUCCUGCCGUGUAGUUCUGGGCUGAUCCCUCACCUUCCUCAUGAUCAUUGAUGCCCCACGAGCUGAGAUCUUGCAUGGAGCCCCAGACCGAGGGUGAUUGACCGUCAUCUUGAACUUCUUCCAUUUUCUAAUAAUUGCGCCAACAGUUGUUGCCUUCUCACCAAGCUGCUUGCCUAUUGUCCUGUAGCCCAUCCCAGCCUUGUGCAGGUCUACAAUUUUAUCCCUGAUGUCCUUACACAGCUCUCUGGUGUUGGCCAUUGUGGAGAGGUUGGAGUCUGUUUGAUUGAGUGUGUGGACAGGUGUCUUUUAUACAGGUAACGAGUUCAAACAGGUGCAGUUAAUACAGGUAAUGAGUGGAGAACAGGAGGGCUUCUUAAAGAAAAACUAACAGGUCUGUGAGAGCCGGAAUUCUUACUGGUUGGUAGGUGAUCAAAUACUUAUGUCAUGCAAUAAAAUGCAAAUUAAUUACUUAAAAAUCAUACCAUGUGAUUUUCUGGAUUUUUGUUUUAGAUUCCGUCUCUCACAGUUGAAGUGUACCUAUGAUAAAAAGUACAGACCUCUACAUGCUUUGUAAGUAGGAAAACCUGCAAAAUCGGCAGUGUAUCAAAUACUUGUUCUCCCCACUGUAACUAGAGAUGCUACUAUGUUAUGACCACUACAGAUAACUAGAGGUGCUACUAUGUUAUGACCCUACAGAUAACUAUAGGGCUACUGAUGUAUGAUGACCACUACAGAUAACUAGAGGUGCUACUAUGUUAUGAACCACUACAGAUAACUAGAGGUGCUACUAUGUUUGACCACUACAGAUAACUAGAGGUGCUACUAUGUUAUGAUGACCACUACAGAUAACUAGAGGUUGCUGACUAGUGUUAUGAUACCACUACAGAUACCUAGAGGUCUACUGAUGUUUUAUGAUUACACUACAGAUCUCAGAGUGCUGCUAUGUUGGAUGACCACUACAGAUAACUAGAGGUGCUGCUAUGUUAUGAUGACCACUACAGAUAACUAGAGGUGCUACUAUGUUAUGAUGACCACUACAGAUAACUAGAGUGCUGCUAUGUUAGGAAUGACCACUACAAUAAACUAGAGGUGCUACUAUGUUAUAUGACCACUACCGAUACUAUAGUUGCGCGAUGUUUAUGAUGACCAAUCAGAUAUACUAGAUGUGCUUAACUAUGUUAUGAACCACUACAGAUAACUAGAGAGUGCUCUAGGUUUAUGAUGACCAUACAGAUAACUCUAGGUGCUUAACUAUGUUAUGACCACUACAGAUAACUAGAGGUGCUGCUAUGUUAUGAUGACCACUACAGAUAACUAGAGGUGCUACUAUGUUAUGACCACUACAGAUAACUAGAGGUGCUGCUAUGUUAUGACCACUACAGAUAACUAGAGGUGCUACUAUGUUAUGAUGACCACUACAGAUAACUAGAGGUGCUACUAUGUUAUGAUGACCAUACAGAUAAACUAGAGGUGGCUACUAUGUAUGACCACUACAUAAAACUAGAGGGGCUACUAUGUUGUGACCACUACAGAUACUGAGGUGCUACUUAUUUAAUGAUGACCGACUACAGAUAACUAGAGGUGCUACUCGGGGGGUAUGAGAACCACUACAAGAUAACUAGGAGGUGCUACUAUGUUUGACCACUACAGAUAACUCGAGGUGCCUGCUAAUGUAUGAUGACCACUACAGAUAACUAGAGGUGCACUAUGUUAUGAUGACCACUACUAACCGAUAACUCAGAGGUGCUGCUAUGUUAGGAUACCUCACUACAGAUAACUGAGGUGCUAUAUGUUUAUACCCUACAGAUAACUAGAGGUGCUUGCUAUUUUACCCCUACAGAUAACUAGAGGUGCUACUAUUUUAUGAGACCACUACAGAUACACUAGAUGUGCUACAGGUUAUGAUGACCACUACAGAUAACUAGAGGUGCUACUAUGUUAUGACCACUACAGAAAACUAGAGGUGCUACUAUGUUGUGACCACUACAGAUAACUGGAGGUGCUACUAUGUUAUGAUGACCACUACAGAUAACUAGAGGUGCUACUAUGUUAUGACCACUACAGAUAACUAGAGGUGCUACUAUGGUAUUAUGACCACUUACAAGAUAAUAUAGUGCUGCUAUGUUUAUGAUGACCCCUACAGAUAACUAGAGUGUGCUACUAUGUUAUGAUGACCAUACAGAUAACUAGAGGUCUAAGCUGGUUUAUUAUGACCACUACAGAUACUAGCAGGUGGCAUUAUGUUCUGAUGACACUACAGAUAAUAGAGGUGCUCUAUGUUUACCACUACAGAUAACUAUAGGUGCACUAUUUUAUGAUGACCACUACAUAUAACUAGAUGGCUACUAUGUUAUGACCACUACAGAUAACUAGAGUGCUACUAUGUUAUGACCCCUACAUAUAACAAGGUGCUACUAUUUUGCCCUACAGAUACAGAGGUGCGCUCAUGUUAUGACCACUAAGAUGACUAGAGGUGCUACUAAUGGUAUGAUGAACCACUACAGAUAACUUUAAGGUUGCUCUAUGUUAUGACCACUACAGAUACUAGAGGUUUCUGCUAUGUUAUGAUGACCACGACAGAUAACUAAAGAUGUGCUAUUUUAUAUGUUAUGAUGACCACUACAGAAUAACUAGAGGUUGCGCUAUGUUAUGAUGCCCACUACAGAAACUAGAGGUGCUACUUGUUUAUGAUGACCAUACAGAUAACUAGAGUGCUGCUGUUAUGACCACUACAAUAACUAGAGUGCUACUCUGUUUGAUGACCAACUACAGAUACUAGGGUGCUGCAUGUUAUGAUGACCACUACAGUAACGAAGGUGCUACUAUGUUAUGAAGACGCACUACAGAAUAACUCAGAGGUUCUACUAUGUUAUGACCACUUACAAUAACUCGAGGUGCUAUUUACUAUGUUAAGAUGAACCACUACAGAUACUAGAGUUCUACUAUGUUAUGAUGACCACUCAGAAACUAAGAGUGCUACUAUGUUAUGAUGACCACUACAGAUAACUAGAGGUGCUGCUAUGUUAUGAUGACCACUACAGAUAACUAGAGGUGCUACUAUGUUAUGAUGACCACUACAGAUAACUAGAGUGCUACUAUGUUAUGAUCACCACUACCGAUACCUAAGGUGCUACUAUUUAUGAUGACCACUACAGAUAACUAAGGUCUGCUAUUUUCUGAUGACCACUACAGAUACUCUAGGUGCUGCUAUGUUAUGACCACUACAGAUAACUAGAGGUGCUACUAUGUUAUGAUGACCACUACAGAUAACUAGAGGUGCUACUAUGUUAUGACCACUACAGAUAACUAGAGGUGCUACUAUGUUUGAUGCCACUACAGAUACUAUAGGUGCUACUAUGUUAUGACCAUACAGAUAACUAGAGAGGUGCGACUAAUGUUAUGAUGACCACUACAGAUAACCGAGGUGCUGCUAAUGUUAUGAUGGACCACCUACAGAUACUAGAGGUGCUGGUGCUGCUAUGUUAUGAUGACCACUACAGUAACUAGAGGGCUACUAUGUUAUUAUGACACUAGAUAACUAGAGGUGCUGCUAUGUUUGACCACUACCGAUAACUAGCGUGCUGCUUGAGGUUAUGAUAGACCAUACGUAACUAGAGGUGCUGCUAUGUUAUGAUACCACUACCGAUACUAGAGGUUGCUACUAUGUUACGGAUGACCACUACAGAUACUAGAGUGCUGACUAGGUUUGAUGAUCACUACAGAUAACUAAGGUGCUACUAGUUAUAACACUACAGUAAAUAGAGGUGCUACUAUGGUACGCGGACCACUACAGAUACCUAGAGGUGCUACUCUGUUAUGAUGACAUAAGAGUAACUAAGGUGCUACUAUGUUUCGAUGAACCACGUACCGAUAAUAGAGGUGCUACUAUGUUAAUGACCACUAACAGAUAACUAGCAGGUGCUGCUAUGUUUAUGUGACCACUACAGAUAAACUAAGGUGCUACUAUGUUUUAUGUAUGACCACUAACAUAUAACUAGAGGUGCUGCUUAUGUACGAUGACCACUACAGAUAACUAGAGGUGCUACUAAUGUUUUAUGAUGACCACUACAGAUAACUAGAGGUGCUGCUAUGUUAUGACCACUACGAUCACUAAGGGUGCUACUAUGUUAUGAUGCCACUACAGAUAACUAGAUGUGCUAACUAUGUUGAUGACCACUACAGAUCCUAGAGUGCUGCUAUGGUUAUUGACCACUACAGAUAACUAAGAGGUGCUACUAUGUUAUGAUGACCACUCAGAUUAACUAGAGGUGCUACUAUGUUAUGACCCUACAGAUAACUAAGGUGCUGCUAUGUUUCUGAUGACCACUUACAGAUACUAGAGGUGCUACUCUGUGAUGAUGACCACUACAGAUAACUAGAGGUUGCUUCGAUGUUAUGAUGACCACUACAGCUACUAGAGGUGCUACUAUUUAUAUGACCACUACAGAUAACUAGAGGUGCUACUAUGUUAUGAUGACCACUACAGAUAACUAGAGGUGCUACUAUGUUAUGAUGACCACUACAGAUAACUAGAGGUGCUACUAUGUUAUGAUGACCACUACAGAUAACUAGAGGUGCUACUAUGUUAUGUGACCCUACGAUACUAGAGGUUCUGCUAUGUUUAUGUACCACUACAGAUAACUAGAGGUGCCUGCUAUGUUAUGGAUGCCUACUUACGAAUAACUAGAGGUGCUACUAUGUUAUGAUGACCACUACAGAGAACUAGAGGUGCUGCUAUGUUAUGAUGACCACUACAGAUAACUAGAGGUGCUACUAUGUUAUGACCACUACAGAUAACUAGAGGUGCUGCUAUGUUAUGAUGACCACUACAGAUAACUAGAGGUGCUACUAUGUUAUGAUGACCACUACAGAUAACUAGAGGUGCUGCUAUGUUAUGACCACUACAGAUAACUAGAGGUGCUGCUAUGUUAUGACCACUACAAUAACUAGAGGUGCUGCAUGUUAUGAUGGACCCUACAGAUACCUAUAGGUGGCUACUCUAUUUUAUGAGACUCACUACAGAUAACUAGAGGUGCUACUAUGUUAUGAUGACCACUACAGAUAACUAGAGGUGCUGCUAUGUUAUGAUGACACUACAGAUAACUAGAGGUGCUGCUAUGUUAUGAUGACCACUACAGAUAACUAGAGGUGCUGCUAUGUUAUGAUGACCACUACAGAUAACUAGAGGUGCUACUAUGUUAUGAUGACCACUACAGAUAACUAGAGGUGCUGCUAUGUUAUGAUUACGCACUAACGAUAACUAGAGGUGCUGCUUGUUAUGGAUGCCACUACAGAUAACUAGAGUUGCUACUAUGUGUGAUGACGCACUACAAUAACUAGAGGUGAUGCUUGUUAUGACCACUACAGAUAACAUAGGUGCUACUAUGUUGUGACCACUACAGAUAACUAAAGGUGCUGGCUAUGUUUAUGAUGGACCACUCAGAUAACUAGAGGUUGCUAAUAUGUUAUGAUGACCACUACAGAUAACUAGAGUCUGCUAUGUUAUGACUCACUACAGUAACUAGAGGUGCUUGCUGCUAUGUUAAUGACCACUACAGAUAACUAGAGGUGUCUACUAUUUUAUGAGGACCACUACAGAUAACAUAGGUGCGCGAUGUUAUGACCACUACAGAUAACUAGAGGUGCUGCUAUGUUAUGAUGACCACUACAGAUAACUAGAGGUGCUGCUAUGUUUGAUCCUGUGGGAGGAAUAUGUUGUCCUAUUAUCAGUGUUCUCCUCUCCCAGGCUGGCAGCCAUAGCGUUGCUGUACCUGGACCAAGAGGAUGCCUUCUGGUGUCUCAUCACUAUCGUAGAGGUCUUCAUGCCCCGUGAUUACUACACCAAGACCCUGCUGGGAUCACAGGUACACUACUACACCACUACUACACCACUACUACACCACUGCUACACCACUACUACACCACUACUAUAUCACUACUACACCACUACUACAACCACUACUACACCACUACUACACCACUACUAUAUCACUACUACACCACUACUACACCACUACUACAUCACUACUACACCACUACUACACCACUACUAUAUCACUACUACACCACUACUACAGCCACUUACUACAACCACUAACUAUAUCACUACUACCCAACCCUGCUGAUCACAGGACAUUCUAACACACCAUUACUAUAUCACUACUACACCAGUACUAACUCACUACUACAAACACCACUACUACAACCACUACAUACCACUACUAACCCACUACUACAACCCCGAUAACACACUACUAUAUCACUACUACAAACAACUAUACUCACCACUACUACAACCACUACUAGAAUCACGACUGACACCACUACUACACACUACAUAUUCACUCUACAACCACUACUACACCAUUAAACUACACACUACUACACACUACUAUAUCCCUACUACAACACCCGACCCUGCUGGGAUCACAGGUACAUUACUAACAACACUCUACAACCACUACUACAAACUACUACCACUAACGAUAUCACUACGACACCAGACCUGCGGGAAUCACAGGUACAUUACUAUACCACUACUACACCAUUACUACACCAUUACUACACCACUACUAUAUCACUACUACACCAAGACCCUGCUGGGAUCACAGGUACAUUACUAUACCACUACUACAAACACUAUACUUACUACACCACUACUACUACUACACCCCUCCUAUAAUCACUACUACACCAAGACACUGCUGGCUCACAGGUACCUACUACACCCCAUUACUAUAUCCCUACUACCCACCAUUACUUUAUAUCACUACUUUCACCAACUACACACAAACUACACCACUACUACAACUACACUACACUUACACACUACUACUCUACUACACCACUACUAACUACACCAAGACCCGUCUGGAUCAACAGGUACAUGACUAUUCACGACUAACACCACUAUAACACCAUUACUAUAUCACUACUACACCAUACUACAAACCAAUACCCUGCUGGGAUCACAAGUACCUACUACACCACCUACUUACACCCCACUACUACACACUACUACAAACACCAGACCCUGCUGGUAUCACCAGGUACACUACUACACCACUACUACACCAUUACUAUAUCACUACUACACCACUACUACACCACUACUACACCACUACUACACCAAGACCCUGCUGGGAUCACAGGUACAUUACUAUAUCACUACUACACCACUACUACACCAUUACUACACCACUACUACACCACUACUACACCACUACACCACUACUAUCACCAUUACUCAACAUACUACCCACUAUAUAUCACUACUCACCAAGACCCUGCUGGGAUCACAGUAACAUUAUGCCACUACCCAUGACUACACUACCCCACUACUAUAAUCACUACUACACCACUACUACACCAUUUAAUCCACCACUAUAUAUCACUAUACCACCCUACUACACCACUACUACACCAUUACUAUAUCACUACUACACCACUACUACACCACUACUACACCACUACUACACCAAGACCCUGCUGGGAUCACAGGUACAUUACUAUAUCACUACUAAACCACAACUACCCAUUACUACACAACACCACUACUACAACACCACUACUACCCACUACUACAAAAAACCCCAUUACACACCACUACUACACACCACUCUCAAACCACUACUAUAUCACUACUACACCAAGACCCUGCUGGGAUCACAGGUACAUUACUACACCAUUACUACACCACUACUAUAUCACUACUACACCACUACUACACCAUUACUACACCACUACUAUAUCACUACUACACCACUACUACACCUUACUAAACAUAACUAACACCACUCGACAACCAUUACUCACAACACUACUACACCCAUUACUACCCACUAACACAACAUACUAUCUCACUACUACACCACUAACUACUAAACACCAUUAACUUCACAACCACUAUCUACAAACACCACUACUACACCACUACUACACCAUUACUACACCACUACUACAACAUUACUACAUCACUACUACACCACUACUACACCACUACUACACCAUACUAUAUCACUACUACACCACUACUACACCAUUACUACAUCACUACUACACCACUACUACACCGUUACUACACCACUACUACACCACUACUAACACCACUACUACAACCCAACUACUACAACAUUACUUACACACUACACCACUACACACCAUUACACACCACUAACUACACCAUUACUCACAACAACUCUACACCACUAUACAACACCACUACUACAUAACCACGACUACACAUUACUAACACCACUACUACACCACUACUACAACCAUUACUACACCCACUACUAAACACCAUUACUACAACCACUACUACACAACAACCACUACUCCACCUUCUAUAUCACGACUACACCACUAGCUACAACUAACAACUACACCACUACUUACACCACUACUACAACAUUACUAUAUCACUACUACACCACUACCACACCACUACUAUACCAAAAACCUAAUUGUCUUGUUGCCAGAGUUCUCAUGUUGCCCUGGUGUGGAUUAUGUUAUUUUCAUGUGAUAAAUCAAUGUGUCAGCAGACAGCAUUAGGACUAACUCAGCAGGACAACAAUGUGUCAUCAGACAGCAUUAGGACUACUCCUCAGGACAACAAUGUGUCAGCAGACAGCAUUAGGACUAACUCAGCAGGACAACAAUGUAUCAGCAGACAGCAUUAGGACUAACUCAGCAGGACAACAAUGUGUCAGCAGACAGCAUUAGGACUAACUCAGCAGGACAACAAUGUAUCAGCAGACAGCAUUAGGACUAACUCAGCAGGACAACAAUGUGUCAGCAGACAGCAUUAGGACUAACUCAGCAGGACAACAAUGUAUCAGCAGACAGCAUUAGGACUAACUCACAGACAGCAGCGAGACACCACAGACCUGUGUCAGCAGACAGCAUGAUGACUAACUCAGCAGGACAACAAUGUGUCAGCAGACAGCAUGAUGACUAACUCAGCAGACAACAAUGUGUCAGCAGACAGCAUUAGGACUAACUCAGCAGGACAACAAUUGUCGCAACAGCAUGAUGACUACUCAGCAGGACAACAUGUGUCACAACAGCAUUAGGACUAACUCAGCAGGACAACAUGUUCACAGAAGCAUUAGGACUAACUCAGCAGACAACAUGUAUCAGCAGACAGCAUUAGGACUAACUCAGCAGGACAACAAUGUGUCAGCAGACAGCAUGAUGACUAACUCAGCAGGACAACAAUGUGUCAGCAGACAGCAUGAUGACUAACUCAGCAGGACAACAAUGUGUCAGCAGACAGCAUUAGGACUAACUCAGCAGGACAACAAUGUGUCAGCAGACAGCAUUAGGACUAACUCAGCAGGACAACAAUGUAUCAGCAGACAGCAUUAGGACUAACUCAGCAGGACAACAAUGUGUCAGCAGACAGCAUUAGGACUAACUCAGCAGGACAACAAUGUGUCAGCAGACAGCAUUAGGACUAACUCAGCAGGACAACAAUGUAUCAGCAGACAGCAUUAGGACUAACUCAGCAGGACAACAAUGUGUCAGCAGACAGCAUUAGGACUAACUCAGCAGGACAACAAUGUGUCAGCAGACAGCAUGAUGACUAACUCAGCAGGACAACAAUGUGUCAGCAGACAGCAUUAGGAAUAACCAGGGCCAUAUAUUUUGAGAGUUAUCAUUAUUUAAUUUAUUAUUAAUUAUUUAUUUUUUCUAAUUCUAGACUUUCAGUUACAUAGCAUUAUUGAAAUACACCCAAUGUGAUGUUACCCAUUAACAUUAACAUGGCUCUCAAAUAAUGUUAUAGUCAAGGGUUGGAGAACCGAAAACCGGCAAAUAACAAUAUUAUUUUAGGAACAGAACCUGAACCGAAAACGAAAGUGAUUUAUACUGUUCCGGAACAGAACCAUUAUUUUAAAACUAUGGGAACCAGUUAAUAACGUUGUUUUAAGUUCCAUGCAUUUUUUUCCAGUCCCACAAAAAUCUCAUCAAAGCUCCUUUGCAAAGCCCUCACUCUGUCAGUCAGAACCGUAUUCCAGCGUCUGGCUGCCAGCUGGACAUCAUUACCACUGGGUGGGUGUGUAGGUUACCUGCCCCUCCCCUGUGAAGCAUGGCUUACUGUAGCCUACUGACCACCGGCCCCUCCCCCCCCCCUGUGAAGCAUGGCUUACUGUAGCCUACUGACCACCUGCCCCCCCCCCCCCCCCCCCCGUGAAGCAUGGCUGAUCUCGUAGUCCUACGGACCCACCCGCCCCCCCCUGUGAAGAUGGCUACUGGUAGCCUAUGACCACCUGCCCCCCCCCUCCCCUGUGAAGCAUGGCUUACUGAGCCUACGGACCAACGGCCCCCCUCCCCUGGAAGCAUGGAUACUGGAGUCUACUGACCACUGCCCCCCCCUGUGAAGAAGGCUUACGUAGGCCUACUGACCACCUGCCCCUCCCCGGUGAAGCAUGGCUUAUGUAGGCCUACUGACCACCUGCCCCCCCACCCCUGUGAAGCAGGCUUUACUGUAAGCCAUACUGGACCACUGCCCCUCCCCUGUGAAGCAGUGCUUACUGUAGCCUCAUGACCACCGGCCCCUCCCCCACCCCCCUGUGAAGCAUGGCUUACUGUAGCCUAUGACACCUGCCCCACCCCAUCCCCUGUGAAAGCAUCGGAUUACUGUAGCCUACUGAUCACCUGCCCACCCCCUCCCCUGUGAAGCCGGCUUAAUGUAGCCUACUGACCACCUGCCCCUCCCCUGUGGAAGCAUGGAUUAUGUAGCCUACUGACCACUGCCCCUCCCUGUGAAGCAUGGCUUACUCGUAGGCCUACUGACCACCUGCCCUCCCAUGUGAAGCAUGGCUACUGUAGCCUACUGACACCUGCCCCCCCCCCUGUGAGAAUGGGCUUAUGUAGGACUACUGACACCUGCCACCUUCCCCCCCCCCCCUGUGAGCAUGGAUUACUGUAGCCUCUGACACCUGCCCCCCCUCCCCUGUGGCAUGGCUUACUGUAGCCUACGACCACCUGCCCCCCCCCUGGAAAGCAGGACUACUGUAGACUACUGACCACCGCCCUCCCCCACCCCCUGCUAUGAAGCAGGGCUUACUGUUCGCCUACUGACCAACCUGCCCCCCCCCUGUGAAGCAUGCUUACUGUUAGCCUACUGACCACCUGCCCCUCCCUUGUGAAGCAUGGCGUACUGUAGGAUACUGACCACGCCUCCCCCCCCCCUGUGAAGCAUGUAAACUUUGUUAAAAGGCCUACUGACCACCUGCCUCCCCCCUCCCCUGUGAAGCAGGCUUACGUAGAAUACUUGACCACCUGCCCCCCCCUCCCCUGGAAGCAUGCUACUGUAGUCUAAUGACCACCUGAACCCCCCCCCCUCCUGUGAAGGCAAGGGCUUACUGUAGCCUAAUGACCACCUGCCCCUCCCCUGAUGAAGCAUGGCCUUACUUGUAGUCUACUGACCACCUGCCCCCCCCCUCCCCUGUGAAGCAUGGCUUACUGUAGUCUACUGACCACCUGCCCCCACCCCUCCCCUGUUGAAGCAGGAUCUGUAGCCUACUGACCACGGCCCCUCCCUGUGAAGCAUGGCUUACUGUGUUAAUGACCACCUGCCCCCCCCUCCCCUGUGCUAGCAUGGCUGACGUAGUUCUAACUGACCACUGCCCCCCCACACCCUUGUGAAGAAUGCUUAUGUAGUUACGACCAACCUGCCCUCCCGGUGAAGAAUGGCUUACUGUGGGCCUACUGACCACGUUGCCCCCCCUGUGAAGCAUGGCUUACUGUAGCUACUGACCACCUGCCCCCCCAACUGUGGAAGCAUGGCUUAUGGCGCCUAAUGACCACUGCCCCCCCUGUGAGCCAUGGCUUACUGAUACCUACUGGACCACCUGCCCCCCCCCCCACUGGAAGCAUGCUACUGUAGGGCUACUGACCACUGCCCCUUCCCCCACCCCCGGUGAAGCAUGGCCUUACUGUAGCCUACUGACCAACUGCCCCCCCUGUGAAGCAUGGCUUACUGUAGCCUAUGACCACCUGCCCCCCCAUCCCCUGUGAAGCAUGCUUACUGUAGCCUACUGACAACUCUGCCCCCCCCUCCCCUUUGAAGCAUGGAUUCUGUAGCCUACUGCCACCUGCCCCCCCCCUGUGAAGCAUGGGCUUACUGUAGCCUACUGACAACCCUGCCCCACCCCUGUGGAAGCAUGGGCUUACUGUUAGCAUAUCUGACCACCUGCCCCCCCCACACUGUGAAGCAUGGCUUACUGUAGCUACUGACACUGCCCCUCCCCCCCCCCCUGUGAAGCAUGGCUUAAUGUAGCCUACUGUGACCACCUGCCCCCAACCUGUGAAGCAUGGCUUACUGUAAGCCUACUGACCACCUGCCCCCCCCCCUCACUGUGAAAGCAUGGCUUACGUAGCCUAAUGACCAACUGCCCCCCCCUACCUGUGAAGCAUGGCUACUGUUUUUUUUUUUCUUUUUUUUUUUUUAGCCUACCUGACCACCGCCCCCCCCUCCCGUGAAUGCAUUGGCUUUACUGUAGGCCUCACCGGGACCACCUGCCCCCCCCCUCCCCGGUGAAGCAGGAUUACUGUAGCCUACUGACCACCGCCCCUCCCCUGUGAAGCAUGGUUACGUAGCUACUGACCACCUGCCCUCCCUGUGAAGCAUGGCUACUGUGUCUAAUGACCACCUGCCCCUCCUGUGAGCAUGGCUUACUGUAGCCUACUGACCACCUGCCCCCCCCCCCACUGUGAAGCAUGGCUUACCUUUAAGCCACUACCACCUGCCCCUCCCCUGUGAAGCAUGGCUUACUGUAGCCUACUGACCACCUGCCCCCCCUCACCUGUGAGCCACAGGCUACUGUAGCCUACGACCACCUGCCCCUUCCCCUGUGAAGCAGGCUUACUGUAGGCCUAAUGACAUCCUUGGACACCCCCCCCCUCCCCUGGGAGGCAUGGCUACUGUAGCCUAACAGUGACAUGACUGCCCGCCCCCCUCCCUGUGAGAGAUGGCUACGUAGCCUACUGGCACCUGACCCCCCCCCCUGGGAAAGAAUGGCUUAUCGGUAGCCUACUGGACCACCUGCCCCUCCCCUGUUGAAGCAUGGCUUACUGUAGCCUAUGACCACUGCCCCCCCCCGUGAAAGCAUGCUUACUGUAAGAUACUGACCACCUGCCCCUCCCAUCCUGUGAAGCAUGGCUUACUGUAGCCUCCUGACCACCUGCCCCCCCCCCCCCUGUGAAGCAUGGCUUACUGUAGCCUACUGACCACCUGCCCCCCCCUCCCCUGUGAAGCAUGCUCUACUGUAAGCCUACUGGACCAUCCUGCCCUCCCCUACCCUGUGAAGCAUGGCUACUGUAGCCAUGACCACUGCCCCCCCCUCCCCUGUGGAAGCAUGGCUUACUGUAGCCUAAUGACCACCUUGCCCCCCCCCCCCCUGUGAAACAUGGAUUACUGUUAGGCCUAUGACCACCUGCCCCCCCCCUCCCCUGUGAAGCAUGGCUUAAUGUAGCCAUACGACCACCGCCCCCCCCUCCACUGUGAAGCAUGGCUUACUGUAGCCUAAUUGACCAACCUGCCCCCCCUCCCCUUGAAGACAUGGCACUGUAGCAUACUGGACCAAUGCCCAUCCCCUGUUGAAGCUAUGGUUACUGUAGCAUAAUGACCACCUGCCCCUCCCCUGUGAAGCAUGCUUACUGUAGCCUACUGACCCCCUGCCCCCCUGUGAAGCAUGGCUUACUGUAGCCUACGACACAUGCCCCUCCCCGUGAAGCAUGGCUUACUUAGCCUACUGACCACCUGCCCCCCCCUCCCCCUGUUUGAAGCAUGGCUACUGUAGCCUGACGACACCUUGCCCCCCCCAUCCCUGUGAAGCAUGCUUACUGUAGCCUACUGACCACCUGCCCCUCCCUGUGAGAUGGUACUGUAGCCUACUGACCACCUGGCCCCUCCCCGGGAAGCAUGGCUUACUGUGCCACUGACACCUGCCCCUCCCCUGGAACAUGGCUACUGUAGCCCUACUGACCAACUGCCACCCCCUCCCCUGUGAUAGAAUGGCUUACUGUAGCUAUUACUGACCACCUGCCACCCCCGCCCCUGUGAAGGCAUGGCUUACUGUUAGCCUUACUGACCACCUGCACCCCCCUCCCCUGUGAAGCAUGGCUACGGAUAGCCUACUGACCACUGCGGGGGGGGGGGGGGGGGCCCUCCCCCUCCCCUGUGAAGCAUGGCUUACUGUAGCCUACUGACCACCUGCCCCCCCCCCCCUGUGAAGCAUGGCUUACUGUAGCCUACUGACCACCUGCCCCUCCCCUGUGAAGGCAGCUUACUGGAGCCUACUGAAACCUGCCCCCCCCCUCCCCUGGGAAGCAUGGCUUACUGUAGACUACUGACCACUGCCCCCCCCCCCUCCACUGUGAAGCAUGGCUUAACUGUGCCUACUGACCACCUGCACCCCCCCCCCCCCCCCCCUGGAGCAGGUGUACGGUAGCCUACGACCACCUGACACCCCCCUCCCCUGUGGAAGCAUGGCGUACUGUAGCCUACUGACCACCUGCACACCCCCCCCCAUGUGAAGCAUGGCUUACUGUAGGGGCCUAAGGAACACAUGCCCCCCCUCCCCUGUGAAGCAUGGCUUACUGUAGCCUAAUGACCACCUGUCCCCUCCACUCCCCUGUGAAGCAUGGCUUACUGUAGCUACUGACCACUGACCCCCCCCCCCCGUGAAGCAUGGCUUACUGUAGCCUACUUGACCACCUGGACCCCCCCCCCCUGUUUUCGACAGCAUGGCUUAUGUAUGCCUACUGACCACCUUGCCCCCCCCCCCCUGUAAGCAUGCGAUUACUGUUAGCAUACUGACCACCGCCCCCCCCCCCCCCCCUGUGAAGCAUGGCUUACUGUAGCCUACUGACCACCUGCCCCCCCUCCCUGUGGAAGAUGGCUUAAUGUUAGCUAAGGACCACCUGCCCCCCCCCCCGUGAGCAUGGCUUUAUGAGCCUGACUGACCACCUGCGCCCCCCCCCCUGUGAAGCAUGGCUUACUGUAGCCUACUGACCACCUCCCCCCACCACCCCCCCCAAUGCCCCCCCUCCCGGAAGCAUGGCUUACUGUAGCCUACUGACCACCGCCCUCCAAGUGGAAGCAUGGUGACUGUAGCCUACUGACCACCGCCCCUCCCUCCCUGUGAAGCAUGGGCUUUACUGUAGCCUACUUGACACCUGCCUCCCCUGUGAAGCAUGGCUUACUGUAGCCUAUCUGGACACAUGCCACUCCCGUUGAAAUGGCUUUACUGUAGACAAUGACCACCUGCCCCCCCCUCCCCUGUGAAGCAUGGCUUACUGUAGCAUACGACCACCUGCCCCCCCACUCCCCUGUGAAGCUGGCUUAUGUAGCCUACUGACCACUGCCCCCCCCCCCCAUGUGAAGCUGGCUAAUGUAGCCUAAUGACCCCUGCCCCUCCCAGGUGAAGCAUGGCUUACUGAGCCUACUGACCCACCUGCCCCCCCCCUGUGGAAGCAUGGCUACUGUAGCCUCCUGACCACCUGCCCCUCCAAUCACGUAAGAAUGCUUACGUAGCCUACUGACCACCUGCCCCCCCCCCCUGUGAAGCAUGGCUUAGUAGGCCUACUGACCACCUGACCCCCCCUGUGAAAGCAGGCUUACUGUAGCCUACUGACCACCGCCCUCCCCUCCCCUGUGAAGCAUGGCUACUGAGCUACUGACCACCUGCCCCCCCCUCCCCUGGAGCAUGGAUACGUAGCUAAUGACCACCUGCCCCCCCCCCCUGUGAAGCAUUGGCUUACUGUAGCAUACUGACCACAUGCCCACCCUCCUGGAAGCAUGGCUUACUGUAAGCCUACUGACCCACCUGCCCCCCCCUCCCCUGGAAGAAUGGCUUACUGUAGUCUACUGACCACUGCCCACCCCUCCCAUGUGAAGCAUGGCUUACUGUCCUACUGACCACCUGCCCCACCCCCCUGUGAAGCAUGGCUUACUGUAGCCUACUGAACACUGCCCCCACCCCCCUGUGAAGCAUGGUUACUGUAGCCUAAUGACACCUGCCCCCCCCACCUGUCGAAGCAUGGCUUAUGUAGCCUACUGACCACCUGCCCCCCCCCUGGGAGCAUGGCUUACUGUAGCCUACUGACACCUGCCCCCCCCUCCCGGAAGCCUGGCUACUGUAGCCUAUGACCCCACCUGACCCUCCCCUGUGAAGAAGGCUUACUGUAGCCUACUGACCAACUGCACCCCCCUCCCCUGUGAAGCAUGGCUUACUGUAGGGAUACUGACCACCUCUGCCCUCACCUGGAAGCAUGGCUUACUGUAGCCUACUGACCACUGCCCCCCCCCCUCCCCUGUGAAGCAGGUUACGAGCCUACUGACCACCUGCCCCCCCCCCCCCCCCCUCCCCUUUGAAGCAUGGUGAAUGUUAGCCUACUGACCACCUGCCCUCCCCCCAUGGGAAGCAUGGCUUACGUAGCCUACUGACCACUGCCCCCCCCCUGUGAAGCAUGGCUUACUGUAGCCUACUGACCCACCUGCCAACCCCUACCCGGUUGAAGCAGGCUUACUGUAGCUACUGACACCUGCCCCCCCCUCCCUGUGAAGCAGGCUUACUGGAGCCUACUUGACCACCUGCCCCCCCCCCACUGUGAAGCAUGGCUUACUGUAGCCUACUGACCACCUGCCCCCCCCUCCCCUGUGAAGCAUGGCUUACUGUAGCCUACUGAUACACUGCCCCCCCCCACCCCCUUGUGAAGCAGGCUUACUGUAGCUACUGACCCCACCUUGCCCCCCAUCCCCUGUGAAGCAUGCUUACGUAGCCACUGACCACCUGCCCUCCCUGUGAAGCAGGACUUACUGUAACCUAAUGACCACCUGCCCCCCACUCCCCUGUGAAGCAUGGCUACUGUAGGCCUACUGACCACCUGCCCCUACCAUGAUGAAGCAUGGGCUUACGCUAGACUACUGACCACCGCCACCCCCCCCCUCCCCUGUGAAGCAUGGCUUACUGUAGCAUACUGACAACGGCCCCUCCCCUCCCCUGUGAGCAUGGUAAUGUAGCCUACUGGACCACCUGCCCCCCCCCUGUGAAGCAUGGCUUACGACUAGCCUAUGACCCACGGCCCCCCCCCUCCCUGUGAAGAUGGCUUACUGAGCCUACUGACCACUGCCCCCCCCCUCCCUGUUGAAGCAUGGCUAUGUAGCUACAUGACCACCUGCCCCCCCCCUGUUGAAGCACGGCUUUACUGUAGCCUACUGCCAACUGCCCCCCCCUCCCAUGUGAAGCAUGGCUUACUGUAGCCCUACUGUGACCACUGCCACCCCCCCAUCCCCUGGAAGUCAUGGCUUACUGUAGCCUACUGACCCGCUUGCCCCCCCCUCCCUGGAAGAGGCUUACGGUAGACUACUGACCACCUGCCCCUCCCCUGUGAAGCAUGGUUACGUAGCCUACUGACAACAUGCCACCCCCUCCCCUGUGAAGCAUGGCGUACUGUAGCCUACUGACCACCUGCCCCUCCCCUGUGAAGCAUGGCUUACUGUAGCCUACUGACCACCUGCCCCUUCCCCUUGUUGAAGCAUGGAUUACUGUAGUUAUGACCACCUGUCCCCCCCCUGGUAAGCAUGGCUUACUUGUAGUCUACUGACCACCUGCCCCCCCCUCCCCUCGUGAAGCAUGGCCUACUUAGUCUACUGAUCCACAUGCACCCCCCAUACCCUGGGAAGCAUGGCUUAAUGUAGCCUACCUGACCACCUGCCCCUCCCCUGUGACCAGGGCUUAACUGUAGCCUACUGACCACUCAUCCCCCCUCCCCUUUUGAAGCAUGGCUUACUGUACCUUACUGCCCAAGGACACUCCCUUUGAAAGCAUGGCCUACGUAGCCUACUGGACCACCUGUUUACCCCUCCCCUGUGAAAGCAUGGCUUAAGUAGUCUACUGACCAAGCCCCCCCCCUCCCUAUGAAGCAUGGCUUACAGAUAGCCUAAUGACCACCUGCACCUACCAUGUGGAAGCCAAUGGCUUACGGUACCUACUGACAACCUGCCCUAAAACCUACCCCUGUUGAAGCAUCUUAGCCCUUUUUGCGCCGGUACUCCUGCUUGGUCCCCCUUUUUUUGGUCUGGCUUACUGUAGAAUACUGACCACCUGGCCCCCCCCCCCCACCUCCACUUUGGAAGCAUGGCUUACUGAGCAUACUGACCACCGCCCCUACCCUGUGGAAGCUAUGGCUUACUGUCGUAUACUGACCACCUGCCCCCCCCCCCUUCCCCUGGAAGCAUGGCUUACUGUAGCUAUGACCACCUGCCCCUCCCCUGUGAAGCAUGGCUUACUGUAGUUAAUGACCACAUGCACCCCCCCCCCCCCCCCCCCCCUGUGAAAGCAUGGCUUACUGAGCUACUGACCACCUCCCCCCCCCCCAUGUGAGGCUUGGCUUACUGUAGCCUACGACCCACCUGCCCCCCCCCCUCCCCUGUGAAGAGCAUGGCUUACUGUAGCCUACUGACCACCCUGCCCCUCCACCUCCCCUGUGAAGCAUGGCUUACUGUAGCCUACUGACCACCUGCCCCUCCCCUCCCCUGUGAAGCAUGGCUUACUGUAGUCUACUGACCACCUGCCCCCCCCCUGUGAAGCAUGGCUUACUGUAGCCUACUGACCACCUGCCCCUCCCCUCCCCUGUGAAGCAUGGCUUACUGUAGGCCUACUGACCACGGCCCCUCCCCUCCCCCUGUGAAGCAUGGCUUACUGUAGUCUACGACCACCUGCCCCAUCCCCUGUGAAGCAUGGCUUACUGUAGCCUACUGACCACCUGCCCCCCCCCCCCCCUGUGAAGCAUGGCUUACUGUAGUCUACUGACCACCUGCCCCCCCCCUGUGAAGCAUGGCUUACUGUAGCCUACUGACCACGUUACAAGCAUCAUUCAGAAAUUAGACAAGAAUGGAUUGACUUUUUCAAUGCUAGUUAAGGAUACUAUGGUUAUCAUGUUUCACAUCGGGUUUAUUAACUAACUACCAGGGUUAGGGUUAGGCCCGGUUCAGAUACAACAGCCGAGACGAGACAACUAGACAGUUUUAGAAUUUUGUGUUGUAAAACAGCUGACUGAAUACUGGACAAGAAGCGCAGUUGAGACCGUUUCCCCAGUAACAGUGCCUCUUAACAAUGAUGUGGUGAAACUUUGAAAUAAAGUUGUUUGUCAGUUGUUGUAGCAAGGUAUUGUAGGAAAUGAGUUUAAUGAAAUACAUGCAUCAGAAACACGACACACUAUGACGUUGAAUUUUUCCAGUAGCCGACGUUCUAAAACUAGACCCUUAAGAUCAAGCAAACGUAUUUUCUAAAACUACAUAAAUCCGUCUCGUCUGUCUGUUAGAUGCGAACUGGGCUUUAGAGGUUGAACUGACCCACACCUGUAUUAGCCAGGACAAACAUAUUUUCACGAUUUCACUAAUAUCAUCAGAUUAAAUAAAUCAUAUCACAUUUUUGGGCUCAUUCAGUAUUUUUUACCUGAUAAAGUAGAAUCCUGUUGAAAAAUGUUAAAAGUACCAUUUAUGGGCCUCCCGAGUGGCACAGCGGUCUAAGGCACUGCUUCGCAGUGCUUGAGGCGUCAAAUACAGACCCGGGUUCGAUCCCAGGCUGUGUCACAGCCAGCCGUGACCGGGAGACCCAUGAGACAGCGCACAAUUGGCCCAGCGUCGUCCGGGUUAGGUGAGGGUUUGGCCGACCGGGAUUUCCUUGUCCCAUUGCACUCUAGCGACAAAAUCUACAAAAAAUCUACAAAAUCAGCAGGGGAUCAAAUACUUUUUUCCCUCACUGUAUAUAUUCCUAAAACAUACAUUGAAAAUCAUACUGUUGAUGCUUCCUGUUAUCAUGUAUUUUUGAUUUAUUGCCGAAUGUUAAAACAGCAGUUAUAAAUGUCCAAAUUCAUAAUCAAUAUGCUGUAAUAAAUUGUGAUAUGUUGAAGACCAAUACAAAAGUUAAUCCCUACACACGUGUCACACGUGUGUUCAGAUUCUAUUUUGCUAAACCGCACACGGACCAAUAUUUACCAAGCGGCCACUCCAGACUGGAAUUAAUUAGCUUGUUUUCUACUGUCAUCAAUAGCGUGCGCAAAUGAAUCACUCACGUCGAUAUUGUCGAUCAAUGGAACUUGGACAGUAACCGCGGCGACAUGUACCGUCUUCUAACAGACAAACCUCAAUGAGCUCGGGUGUACUGCAUAUAUCUGUCGAUAGAUGACAACCUGUCGGAAACAUUUAGCAACUCUGUGGGAAAAUGAUGAUUUUGGUAGAUGGUUAAUAAGGGAACGCAACACUUUUUUGACUGGAUAAUUUCAACAAAUCACCACCUCACAUCUGUUUCUAAAUAGCGACAGGGGUUGGCUUUCAUUUCAAUGAUGGUGUAACUCUCAAGUCCAAGAAUUCAUGUGAGGCCAGAGACAUUUUGUAGGAGGAGCGCCCAUGUUUUUCCUGCCGGUCUGAAAAUUACAGUUCCGUUCUAAAGCCCCACUACGGACUGACAGAAACACUGGUACUAAACCGAAAAUAUUGAUCUGUUUUAAGCAAUCGAUUUUGUGAGAUUGUGAUGACUAUACACCUAGGGCGCCAGGUAGCUUAGUGGGUAAGAGCGUUGUGCCAGUAACCGAAAGGUCGCUGGUUCUAAUCCCCGAGACGACUAGGUGAAAAAUCUGUCUGUGCCCUUAAGCAAGGCACUUAACCCUAAUAGUUCAUGUAAGUCUUUCUGGAUAAGAGCGUCUGCUAAAUGACUAAAAUGUCAAAUGUAUAAAACAUCAAAGGAUGGGUAUUUCCUGUAAUUCCUGUGUGGUUAGACCGUCAGUCUGUGUAAUGUAGUAACACCUUGAGUCCACCAGGGUAAUUUGGGUAAUUUGUGCAAUAUAACAUAAUUUAAAAAAGUCAAAGUAAUUCAAUAUUUGUAUAAAUGUAGCACACUCACACAUUUUUACAACAAUGACAUUACUUCUUCCUACUUUAACCAUGGAGAGAGUUUAAAAAUGCUCCUAAGCACAAUUUAACCACUACACCAGAGCGUCCAGAGGGUCUGUGCAGCUGGCUGAACGUUUGACGUCCCUACCUGUAUGUCCUCUCUGUCUGUCCUCUCUGUCUGUCCUCCCUGUAUGUCCUCUCUGUCUGUCCUCUCUGAGGACCAGCGAGUGUUCGAGGACCUGCUGACUUAGGGUUGGGGGUUAGGGACUGAGGUGACCCCUGUAUGUUCUCUGUCCUCUCUGAGGACCAGCGAGUGUUCGAGGACCUGCUGAUUUAGGGUUGGGGGUUAGGGACUGAGGUGACCCCUGUAUGAUCUCUGACCUCUAGGUGGACCAGCGUGUUUUUAAGGACCUGCUGAGUGAGAAGCUGCCCCGACUCCACGCCCACUUUGACCUCUACAAGGUCGACUCCUCCCUCAUUACCUUCAACUGGUUCCUGGUCCUCUUCGUAGACUCAGUGAACUCUGACCUCCUCUUCAAGAUUUGGGAUGCCUUCCUGUACGAGGGACCAAAGGUAGGCUGGAUAACAUGGUAGAAUGGUUAACAGGGUAGAAUGGUUAACAGGGUAGAAUGGUAGGAUGGUUAACAGGGUAGAAUGGGAGUAUGGUUAACAGGGUAGGAUGAUAGGACUGGUUAACAGGGUAGGAUGGGAGUAUGGUUAACAGGGUAGGAUGAUAGGCCUGGUUAACAGGGUAGGAUGGGAGUAUGGUUAACAGGGUAGGAUGAUAGGACUGGUUAACAUGGUAGGAUGAUAGGCCUGGUUAACAGGGUAGGAUGGUAGGACUGGUUAACAGGGUAGGAUGGUAGGACUGGUUAACAGGGUAGGAUGGUUAAGAGGGUAGGAUGGUAGGACUGGUUAACAGGGUAGGAUGGUUAAGAGGGUAGGAUGGUAGGAUGGUUAACAGGGUAGGAUGGUUAAGAGGGUAGGAUGGUUAAGAGGGUAGGAUGGUUAAGAGGGUAGGAUGGUAGAUGUAACAGGGUAGGAUGGUAGGACUGGUUAACAGGUAGGAUGUAAGAGGGUAGGAUGGUUAAAGGCAGGUGGUGGAUGGUUAACAGGGUAGGAUGGUUAACAGGGUAGGAUGGUUAACAGGGUAGGAUGUUCUAAGGGUAGGGUCUUUUAAGAGGUAGGAUGGUUAAGGGUAGGAUGUGGAUGGUUAACAGGGUAGGAUGGUUAACAGGGUAGGAUGUUUAGAGGUAGGAUGGUAGGAUGGUUAACAGGUAAGGAUGGUAGGACUGGUUAACAGGGUAGGAGUUGAGAGAGAGGGUAGGAUAGGAUUAAGAGGAGGUAGGAUGGUUAAGAGGGUAGGAUGGUAGGAUGGUUAACAGGGUAGGAUGGUAGGACUGGUUAACAGGGUAGGAUGGUUAAGAGGGUAGGAUGGUUAAGAGGGUAGGAUGGUUAAGAGGGUAGGAUGGUUAACAGGGUAGGAUGGUUAAGAGGGUAGGAUGGUAGGAUGGUUAACAGGGUAGGAUGGUAGGACUGGUUAACAGGGUAGGAUGGUUAAGAGGGUAGGAUGUUAAGAGGGUAGGAUGGUUAAGAGGGUAGGAUGGUUAACAGGGUAGGAGGUAGGCUGGUUACAGGUAGGUGGUUAAGGGGAUGGUAGGACUGGUUAACAGGGUAGGAUGGUUAAGACGGUAGGAUGGUAGGAUGGUUAACAGGUAGGAUGGAAUCCCAGCCUCAUGGAAAGUCCCUUUUUAACUGUGACACAACAAACCUCAGAGCUGAAACGAGGAGGAACUGCUGGCGCCCCACAUCACUUAGCCAAGUGCCUGUCUCUACCAGAUCAGGACAAGGCAUUGAUACCAGCUUUGAUAUAAGCUGUGGCAUGCUGUUUGUUCAUGUUCAGACUUUUCUCAUAUUGAUCCUAUAUGUCUGUAAAAGUCAUCAUUGCUACUUUAUAUGGAGAUCCAUUGAGAACUCCAGUAACAUGAUCAAUCAAUCAAUCAAUCAAUCAAUCAAAUGUAUUUUAUAAAGUGUUUUUGACAUCAGCAGAGUCACAGAAAAAGUAACAAAGUGCUUUACAGAAACCCAGCCUAAAACCCCAAAGAGCAGCAAUGCAGAUGCAGAAGCAUGGUGGCUAGGAGAAACUCCCUAGAAGACAGGAAGAACCUAGAGAGGAACCAGACUCUAAAGACUUGUAACAGUCUUAGCGUUAGUGUUUGAUAGGAAUCUGACUCAGGUGUCAUCGUACGGUGAGUUUCAUGCCUCUGCCUCUCCUCAGAUCAUCUUCCGUUUCGCCCUCGCUCUCUUCAAGUACAAGGAGGAAGAGUUCCUGAAGCUUCAGGACUCCAUGGCCAUCUUCAAGUAUCUCCGCUAUUUCACUAGAACCAUCCUGGACUGGAGGUACAGUACUCUAAACCUACCUUAUUCCCUCUGUGUGAGUACUGUAUGUCUCUCUGUGUGAGUACUGUAUGUCUCUCUGUGUAUUGAGUACUGUAUGUCUCUCUGUGUGAGUACUGUAUGUCUCUCUGUGUGAGUACUGUAUGUCUCUCUGUGUGAGUACUGUAUGUCUCUCUGUGUGAGUACUGUAUGUCUCUCUGUGUAUUGAGUACUGUAUGUCUCUCUCUGUGAGUACUGUAUGUCUCUCUGUGUGAGUACUGUAUGUCUCUCUGUGUGAGUACUGUAUGUCUCUCUGUGAGUACUGUAUGUCUCUCUGUGUGAGUACUGUAUGUCUCUCUGUGUGAGUACUGUAUGUCUCUCUGUGUGAGUACUGUAUGUCUCUCUGUGUAUUGAGUACUGUAUGUCUCUCUGUGUGAGUACUGUAUGUCUUUCUGUGUGAGUACUGUAUGUCUCUCUGUGUGAGUACUGUAUGUCUCUCUGUGUGAGUACUGUAUGUCUCUCUGUGUGAGUACUGUAUGUCUCUCUGUGUAUUGAGUACUGUAUGUCUCUCUGUGUGAGUACUGUAUGUCUCUCUCUGUGAGUACUGUAUGUCUCUCUGUGUGAGUACUGUAUGUCUCUCUGUGUGAGUACUGUAUGUCUCUCUGUGUGAGUACUGUAUGUCUCUCUGUGUAUUGAGUACUGUAUGUCUCUCUGUGUGAGUACUGUAUGUCUCUCUGUGUGAGUACUGUAUGUCUCUCUGUGUGAGUACUGUAUGUAUCUCUGUGUAUUGAGUACUGUAUGUCUCUCUGUGUAUUGAGUACUGUAUGUCUCUCUGUGUGAGUACUGUAUGUCUCUGUGUGAGUACUGUAUGUCUCUCUGUGUGAGUACUGUAUGUCUCACUGUGUGAGUACUGUAUGUCUCUCUGUGUGAGUACUGUAUGUCUCUCUGUGUGUUGAGUAAUGUAUGUCUCUCUGUGUGAGUACUGUAUGUCUCUCUGUGUGAGUACUGUAUGUCUCUGUGUGAGUACUGUAUGUCUCUCUCUGUGAGUACUGUAUGUCUCUCUCUGUGAGUACUGUAUGUCUCUGUGAGUAAUGUAUGUCUCUCUGUGUGAGUACUGUAUGUCUCUCUGUGUGAGUACUGUAUGUCUCUCUGUGUGAGUACUGUAUGUCUCUCUGUGUGAGUACUGUAUGUCUCUCUGUGUGUUGAGUAAUGUAUGUCUCUCUGUGUGAGUACUGUAUGUCUCUCUGUGUGAGUACUGUAUGUCUCUGUGUGAGUAAUGUAUGUCUGUCUGUGUAUUGAGUACUGUAUGUCUCUCUGUGUAUUGAGUACUGUAUGUCUCUCUGUGUGAGUACUGUAUGUCUCUCUGUGUGAGUACUGUAUGUCUCUCUGUGUGAGUAAUGUAUGUCUCUCUGUGUGAGUACUGUAUGUCUCUCUGUGUGAGUACUAUAUGUCUCUCUGUGUGUUGAGUAAUGUAUGUCUGUCUCUGUGUAUUGAGUAAUGUACAGUGGUUCCUCAAUUAAAAGUUUUGAUCUUAUGCUGUGACAGUUUGUGGUAGAUGGUGGCAGAUUGUGUCAUUCUGUCAUUGCACCACACUACCACAAGGGGGAGAUAGAACGCUGAUCUAUCGGUAGUCUAAACUGUGGCACAAAUUGGAGGGUUUUUCACACCUAGCCGAGCAAUUAGACUAUCCUUUUGUAGAUGAAUGGAGGUGUGAAUGUUUCAGUCCGAGUCUCUCUCCUCUGGCACUAGUGUCCUGCUUCAGGCAAUAAAUAAAUAGCUGGCGGUGGUCCUGGAAUUGAGAGAGAACUUGGGUAAAUAAAAUGCUCAAUUACACUUGCAUGUGGACUGACGAUUUUUGAAAAAGAGGAUACUUGUGCUUUACAGCCCAUUACAUAAAGGAAUAGUGGAGUGGGACAGAGCAGCACGGAGUGGGACAGAGCAGCUCAAAACUGCAGAUAACACAAGGCCAACUAUUGUGAAAGAAUACUUGUGGCUCUGUCUCUUCAAGAUGCCUGCUGUCCACCAGGGGACAGUGUGGCGUCACCUACAGAUGGAUGUGUGGUGUCAGAGACAGGCCAGCUGACAGCCUGUGACCAGGCAGAAAUCAUUCUAAAUAACAAACUGGCUUUAUUUACCACAGUGUGAAAGAGUGACAGCCGCUCAAUAUAUAAAGUGAGUUUCUGAAACACGGAGUCCUUCUUUACUGAUGGGAAGAAGAAACUGAAUGAAAGAGUCCAGUGAGGACAGGGAGGACAGGGAGGACAGGGUGGACAGGGAGGACAGGGGGGACAGGAAGGACAGGGUGGACAGGAAGGACAGGGGGGACAGGGAGGACAGGGUGGACAGGGAGGACAGGGGGACAGGGGGGACAGGGAGGACAGGGGGGACAGGGAGGACAGGGAGGACAGGGGGGACAGGGAGGACAGGGGGGGACAGGGGGGACAGGGAGGACAGGGGGACAGGGGGGACAGGGAGGACAGGGGGGACAGGGGGACAGGGAGGACAGGGAGGACAGGGUGGACAGGGAGGACAGGAGGGACAGGGGGGACAGGGGGAGACAGGGGGACGGAGGGGCAGGGGGACAGGAGGACAGGGAGGACAGGGUGGACAGGGGGAAGGGGACAGGGGGACAGGGAGGACAGGGAGGACAGGGAGGGAGGGGGACAGGGGGGACAGGGGGGACAGGGGGGACAGGGGAGGACAGGGAGGGACAGGAGGACAGGGAGACAGGGAGGGACAGGGGGACGGAGGACAGGGGAGGACAGGGAGGACAGGGGGACAGGGGGACAGGGAGGACAGGGAAGGACAGGGGGACAGGGGAGGACAGGGAGGACAGGGAGGACAGGGAGGACAGGGAGGGACAGGGGGACAGGGAGGACAGGGGGACAGGGGGACAGGGAGGAGGGGACAGGAGGGCAGGGGCAGGGGGACAGGGAGGACAGGGGGACAGGGCAGGGGGACAGGGAGGGGACAGGGGGACAGGGCAGGACAGGGGGACAGCUAGACAGGAGGACAGGAGCAGGGGGGACAGGGGGGACAGGGUGGACAGGGAGGACAGGGAGGACAGGGAAGGCUAUUUUUAUUAAACAUUUUUUGGUGGGGUAGGGGGAUAUAUAGGCUAUUUAAUAUAUUCAUUUAGGCUUAGCUUAUUUAGUAGGCUAUUUUUGCAGCAUAAAGUUAUAUUUGUCAGAAUAAAGCUGAGUGUGUGAUGCGUGAUUUGAAGGAGUCAGGCGCAGGAGGGUAAAUCACAGAAUAACAGGCUUUAAUCCGCAAAAUACAGGUUUACGCAGAACUGUUUAUUAGUCACAUUGUGAUGAGGUGGUGUUGAAGGAGUCAGGCGCAGGAGGGUAAAUCACAGAAUACAGAGUUUAUUCCGUAGGACAGCGUAACCAGUCCAGAGGUAAAACAGGCGCACUGGAACAAACAUGCACACAGGGGAAAUACCCUGGCGAUACAAAAUACUGAGCUCAACCAAGCUACUAAUUCUCACAAUGAACAAUCACCCACAAGGACAAGGGGGGGAGAGGGAACACUUAUACAGGUACUGAUGAGGGGAUAUGAACCAGGUGUGUGUAAUCAACAAGACAAAGCCAAUGGAAUGAUGAGAUGAGGAGCGGCAGUGGCUAGAAGGCCGGUGACGACGAACGCCGAAGCCCGAACAAGGAGAGGAAGCAGCUUCGGAGGAAUUCGUGACAGUGUGACUCACUCAUUCGUGGCUUUGGAUCAAAAUAAAUAAGUACCAACAUUCUUUCUGCUAGUCACACCUGCCCAGACCCACCUGCCCAGACCCACCUGCUCACACCCCCUAUCUCCAGAUCCACUACAUCACACCUGCCCAGACCCACACCUCACUCUCCGCCACAUUACCUUUACAUUUUAGUCAUUAAGCAGAUGCUCUUAUCCAGAGUGACUUCAUACAUUUUCAUACUGGUGUUGCAAGCACCAUGCUCUACCAACUGAGCUACAAAGGGGCACAAGGCCUCAAACUGCACCAUUUUGUUUCUCUCUGUUGCCCACGCACUUUCAACAUUUGGAAAAUAAAAGCAUUUAAAGGCUGACAUUAGUUGAUUUUCAGUUUUUAAGUCUACGUUUUUUCAAGAUGAUUGAGGAGAAAAGUAUGGUCCAACCCAUCGGGUAUCUCACUGCACCCCAAUAUGCCAUGUCUUGAAAUAUGCGGACAGACGGAUUAAACGUUUCCAGCCAACUUUCUGACUCCGCCCAUAACUUUGGGCCUUUAUAACAUUCCCAGAAGGCAUGGAUUAUUAUAACCUAAUGAAAAAUGAACCUGGGAACCUAAUUUAAGUUACUGCAGGCCUAAGACCUAUGGGUUUAACCUUCUGAAUGAAUGAUUAUAUUGAAGAUAGAAGGCGCCUCUUAAUGAGUUCCGAGAGCCGAUCCGUUACCCAACAAAAUAACAUCAAUUUAUUUAGUCUAAUUGUUGUCAUGACUACAGACAAUAGGCUGUUAGUCCUCUUUUCCUGCAUUAAUUAAUUUGUCUGCAUGUCUUUUCAACAUCUGGCUAAAAAUAAACCAUCCCAUGAAUUAAGAGUGAUAUAUUUAUUUUUGCACAAUGCAAUGAGGCACAUUGACAACUCAAAUCGCUUUAAAGAGCCUUGUAAUAUUAGACAACAAAUAAAUAUACUAAAACAAUAACUUCAAAAACAGUCCAUUCAUCACUGGAUUUCUUCAAAUUCCUGUGCAGGAAAAGGAUGUCAUCCACCGUGGCUGGUCGCAAGCUGGCUUCUCUUCUCUCUCUCUGCACCUCCAUUCAUAGUCUAACAGCUCAGCUAGGUGUGAAAAAUCCCCUAAUUUGUGCCACAGUUUAGACUACUGAUAGAUGCUGCGGUCAGUCAGAGUUGAGUCCUUGUAAAGUGCAAAACUUGCAGUGUAUUUAUGUAUUCGAGGCCUAAGUCCUCUAAAGUUUUACAUUUCUAACUCAAUAUCACAGACUUGGUUUGCCCUAAAGAAAAAUGCAUCAACCCCUACAAAUAUGUCAAUUUAUUAUAAUCACAUAAUAAUUCAAACGAAAUGAGCUGUAGCGAGAGGAGAGACUGCAUGCUAAAGACAAUCAGAAUGUGUCUUUAACCCUGCAUUAUAAUAUAACUUAUUUUGAAUGAAAGCCAGGAAUGAGAGAGUCACUCAGCACUAUGCUUCUGUUCCUGCUUCUGUUCCUGCUUCUGUUCCUGCUUCUGUUGCCUAUUUGAGUGUUUAUUAUUGUUAUGUAUUUUUAUUUUGUAUUUUAUUUUGGGCCAGGUGGAAAUGGUUUAACAGCCUUUCCAAUACAUUGGAAUACAAAAGAAGCCAUCCACCCUUGGUGGGCUAUCAGCAGGACAAUACAGUAGGGAGUAUUUGAUACACUGCCGAUUUUGCAGGUUUUCCUACUUACAAAGCAUGUAGAGGUCUGUCAUUUGUAUCAUAGGUACACUUCAACUGUGAGAGACGGAAUCUAAAACAAAAAUCCAGAAAAUCACAUUGUAUGAUUUAUAAGUAAUUAAUUUGCAUUUUAUUGCAUGACAUAAGUAUUUGAUACAUCAGAAAAGCAGAACUUAAUAUUUGGUACAGAAACCUUUGUUUGCAAUUACAGAGAUCAUACGUUUCCUGUAGGUCUUGACCAGGUUUGCACACACUGCAGCAGGGAUUUUGGCCCACUCCUCCAUACAGACCUUCUCCAGAUCCUUCAGGUUUCGGGGCUGUCGCUGGGCAAUAUGGACUUUCAGCUCCCUCCAAAGAUUUUCUAUUGGGUUCAGGUCUGGAGACUGGCUAGGCCACUACAGGACCGACCUUGAGAUGCUUCUUACGGAGCCACUCCUUAGUUGCCCUGGCUGUGUGUUUCGGGUCGUUGUCAUGCUGGAAGACCCAGCCACGACCCAUCUUCAAUGCUCUUACUGAGGGAAGGAGGUUGUUGGCCAAGAUCUCGCGAUACAUGGCCACAUCCAUCCUCCCCUCAAUACGGUGCGGUCGUCCUGUCCCCUUUGCAGAAAAGCAUCCCCAAAGAAUGAUGUUUCCACCUCCAUGCUUCACGGUUGGGAUGGUGUUCUUGGGGUUGUACUCAUCCUUCUUCUUCCUCCAAACACGGCGAGUGGAGUUUAGACCAAAAAGCUCUAUUUUUGUCUCAUCAGACCACAUGACCUUCUCCCAUUCCUCCUCUGGAUCAUUCGGAUGGUCACUGGCAAACUUCAGACGGGCCUGGACAUGCGCUGGCUUGAGCAGGGGGGACAUUGCGUGCGCUGCAGGAUUUUAAUCCAUGACGGCGUAGUGUGUUACUAAUGGUUUUCUUUGAGACUGUGGUCCCAGCUCUCUUCAGGUCAUUGACCAGGUCCUGCCGUGUAGUUCUGGGCUGAUCCCUCACCUUCUUCAUGAUCAUUGAUGCCCCACGAGGUGAGAUCUUGCAUGAAGCCCCAGACCGAGGGUGAUUGACCGUCAUCUUGAACUUCUUCCAUUUUCUAAGAAUUGUGCCAACAGUUGUUGCCUUCUCACCAAGCUGCUUGCCUAUUGUCCCGUAGCCCAUCCCAGCCUUGUGCAGGUCUACAAUUUUAUCUCUGAUGUCCUUACACAGCUCUCUGGUCUUGGCCAUUGUGGAGAGGUUGGAGUCUGUUUGAUUGAGUGUGUGGACAGGUGUCUUUUAUACAGGUAACAAGUUCAAACAGGUGCAGUUAAUACUGGUAAUGAGUAGAGAACAGGAGGGCUUCUUAAAGAAAAACUAACAGGUCUGUGAGAGCCGGAAUUCUUACUGGUUGGUAGGUGAUCAAAUACUUAUGUCAUGCAAAUUAAUUACUUAAAAAUCAUACAAUGUGAUUUUCUGGAGUUGAAGUGUACCUAUGAUAAAAAUUAUAGACCUCUACAUGCUUUGUAAGUAGGAAAACCUGCAAAAUCGGCAGUGUAUCAAAUACCUGUUCUCCCCACUGUAGACUAUUGCUGAGUUUAGGGACUUUAAAUGUAUUAAUGGAUGUUUGCGAGGCAUGUAACUUCACCCAUCUCUUUGUAUAGCCCACAACAUGCACUGUUUUCUAACCACAUCUGGAUGGAUCCAUAAAGAAUUACUCUGGGAAUAAAUAUCACUGAAUGACAGAAAUAUUGGAAUAAAGUAGGCUAAUGCAAUUGUUGCUUACUGAAACACCCAAAGUCAACAACGCUGUGGCCUUGGUAGAGAGUCAGGGGGGGAAUGGAGUGAAAGUGCACUGUACUGUCAGUACACAACAACGCUGUGGAUUUGAAGCAAUGUUGGUCAACUAUUUCAGCACCGUUUCGCACUGCUUUGAGACAAGCUUGGGGACUGGUGUUGAUAAAUCAAUCAGAUUUUUAUUUUCACUGAAUCUCCAUUUGGGUAUUGGUUAGCCUACAAUUAGGGUGUGGAAAUGUUAGGAUUAUUUUGCUCUUCACUCACAGUCACUUAGUAACCUAGUCCUACUCCCGACCGGUCACUUAGUAACCUAGUUCUACUCCCGACUGGUCGGAUAGGGUAUAGGCUCUUUCGGAUACAGCAUAGGCUCUUUCGUAUAGGGUCAUGCACUGUAACAUGCUGUACCACACCACAGCAUCCUGCAAGCUGUGCAACUUUUAAAUGAGGACCCUCUGUAUGACUCUGUGUAUUGUGUAAUGUACAGUACCAGUCAAAAGUUUGAACACCUACUCAUUCAAGGGUUUUUCUUUAUUUUUACUAUUUUCUACAUUGUAGAAUAAUAGUGAAGAAAUCAAAACUAUGAAAUAACACAUAUGGAAUCAUGUAGUAACCAAAAAAGUGAUCAACAAAUCAAAAUAAAUCAAAAUAUAUUUUAUAUUUGAGAUUCUUCAAAUAGCCACCCUUUGCCUUGAUGACAGCUUUGCACACUCUUGGCAUUCUCUCAACCAGCUUCAUGAGGUAGUCACCUGGAAUGCAUUACAAUUAACAGGUGUGCCUUGUUAAAAGCUAAUUUGUGGAAUGUCUUUCCUUCUUAAUGUGUUUGAGCCAAUCAGUUGUGCUGUGACAAGGUAGGGGGGUAUACAGAAGAUAGCCUUAUUUGGUAAAAGACCAAGUCCAUAUUAUGUCAAGAACAAACAGCUCAAAUAAGCAAAGAGAAAUGACAGUCCAUCAUUACUUUAAGACCUGAAGGUCAGUCAAUACGGAACAUUUCAAGAACUUUGAAAGUUUCUUCAAGUGCAGUCGCAAAAAACAUCAAGCGAUAUGAUGAAACUGGCUCUCAUGAGGACGGCCACAGGAAUGGAAGACCCAGAGUUACCUCUGCUGCAGAGGAUAAGUUCAUUAGUUACCAGCCUCAGAAAUUGCAGCCCAAAUAAAUGCUUCACAGAGUUCAGGUCAUAGACACAUCUCAACAUCAACUGUUCAGAGGGGACUGUGUGAAUCAGACCUUCAUGGUUGAAUUGCUGCAAAGAAACCACUACUAAAGGACACCAAUAAGAAGAAGAGACUUGCUUGGGCCAAGAAACACGAGCAAUGGACAUUAGACCGGUGGAAAUGUGUCCUUUGGUCUGGAGUCCAAAUUGGAGAUUUUUGGUUCCAUCCACCGUUUCUUUGUGAGACGCGGUGUGGGUGAACGGAUGAUCUCCGCAUGUGUAUUUCCCACCGUAAAGCAUGGAGGAGGAGGUGUUAUGGUGUGGGGAUGCUUUGCUGGUGACACUGUCAGUGAUAUAUUUAGAAUUAAAAGGCACACUUAACCAGCAUAGCUACCACAGCAUUCUGCAGCGAUACGCCAUCCCAUCUGGUUUGGGCUUAGUGGGACUAUCAUUUGUUUUUCAACAGGACAAUAACCCAACACACCUCCAGGCUGUGUAAGGGCUAUUUUACCAAGAAGGAGAGUGAUGGAGUGCUGCAUCAGAUGACCUGGCCUCCACAAUCCCCCGACCUCAACCCAAUUGAGAUGGUUUGGGAUGAGUUGGACUGCAGAGUGAAGGAAAAGCAGCCAACAAGUGCUCAGCAUAUGUGGGAAGUCCUUCAAGACUGUUGGAAAAGCAUUCCAGGUGAAGCUGGUUGAGAGAAUGCCAAGAGUGUGCAAAGCUGUCAUCAAGGGUGGCUAUUUUGAAGAACCUCAAAUAUAAAAUAUAUUUUGAUUUGUUGAACACUUUUUUGGUUACUACAUGAUUCCAUAUGUGUUAUUUCAUAGUUUUGAUGUCUUCACUAUUGUUCUACAAUGUAGAAAAUAGUAAAAAUAAAGAAAAACCCUUCAACGAUUAGGUGUUUUUCCCAAAACUUUUGACUGGUAGUGUAUUGUCUCUCUUCUGGUAUUGAUUAAUGUAUGUCUCUCUCUGUGUAUUGAUUAAUGUAUGACUCUCUCUGUGUAUUGAUGAAUGUAUGUCUCUCUCUGUGUAUUGAUUAAUGUAUGACUCUCUCUGUGUAUUGAGUAAUGUAUGUCUCUCUCUGUGUAUUGAUUAAUGUAUAUCUCUCUCUGUGUAUUGAGUAAUGUAUGUCUCUCUCUGUGUAUUGAUUAAUGUAUGACUCUCUCUGUGUAUUGAGUAAUUGUAUGGUCUCUCUCUGUGUAUUGAGUAAUGUAUGACUCUCUCUUGUGUAUUGCGUAAUGUAUGGCUCUCUGGUUUUUGGUAAUGUUGACUUCUCUUUUGUAUUGAGUAAUGAUGACUCCUCGUGAUUGAGUAAAGUAUAUUUUCCCGUGUUUGGUAAAUUAUGUCCUCUCUGGUAUUGAGUAAUGUAUGUUUUUCUGUGAUUUUUAAUGUAUCUCUCUGUGUAAUUAGUAAUGUUGACUCUUUUGUUAUUUUUAAUGUAGACUCUCUGGUAUUUAGUAUGAUUUUCCUCUGUGUAUUAGUAAUGUAUUCUCUCUUUGUAUUUAUUAAAGUAUGUCUCUCUGUGUAUUGAGUAAUGUAACUCUCUAGUGUUUGAUUUAAAGUAUACUCUCUCUGGUUUUUGAGAAAGUUGUCUUUCUGUGAUGGUAAAGUAUGACCUUUUCCGUGAUGGAAUGUAUGUUUUCUCUGUGUAUUGAGUAAGUAGACUUCUCGGUAUUUAGUAAAUUUUGACCUCUCGUGUAUUGAGUAAUGUUGACUCUUUGUGUAUUGAGUAAAGUAUGUCCUCUCUUGGGAUUGAGUAAGUAUGUCUCUCUUGUGUAUUUAUUUAAAGUAGACUCUUGUGUAUUAAUAAAGUAUGCUCUCUCUGGGUUUUUGUUAAGUAUGACUCUUCCCGGAUUGAGUAAGUAUGCUUCCCCGUGUAUUGAUAAUGUAGUCUCUCUCUGGUAUUUAGUAUGAUGACUCUCUCUGGUAUUAAAGUAGUCUUCUCGUUAUUGAUUAAAGUAUGACUCUUCGUGUAUUUAGUAAGUUUUCUCUCUCGGUAUUUUAAAGUAGUUCUCUCUUGUUUUUGAUUAAAGUAUGACUCUCUCUGGUAUUGAUUUGUAUGUCUCUCUCGUGAUGAAUAAUGUUUUACUUCCCUUUUGGGAUUGAGUAAUGGAUUUUCUCUUUGUAUUUAGUAAUGUAUGUCUCUCUCUGUUAUUUAGUAAAUUUUCUCUCUUGUAUUAGUAAUGUAUGACUCUCUCUGUGAUUGUAAUGUUGUCUCUUUUGUGGAUUAUUAAUGUUCCUUUUGUGUAUUGAUUAAAGAUGACUCUUGUGUAUUGAUUAAUGUGGGCUCUUUCCCCGUGAUUGAGUAAGUAUGACUUUCUGUGUAUUUAUUAAGUAUGACUCUCUCUGUGAUUGAAUUAUGUAUGACUCUCUCUGGAUUGAGUAAGGGAUGUUUCUCUGGUAUGGUAUGUAUGACUUCUUGGAUUGAUUAAAAAUGACUCUUGUGUUUGAUUUAAGUUGACUCUCGUUUAUUGAUUAAUGUAUGACUCUCGGUGUUUAUUUAAAGUUUACUCUCUCUGGUAUUUAUUUUAAAGUUUUUCUUUCUUGGUAUUGGAAGUAUGACUCCCCGGUAUUUAAAUUAAAGUAUGCUCUCUUGUUUUGAUUAAGUAGACUCCUCUGUGUAUUGGAAGGAUGUCUCUUCUGUGAUUUAGUAAUGUAUGACUCUCUUGUGUAUUGAUUAAAGUUGACUCUCUGUGUAUUGAUUAAUGUAUGACUCUUUUGUUUGAUUAAGUAGACCUUCGGGUAUUGAGUAAAGUAGUCCUCUCGUGUAUUUGGGAAUGUAGGACCUCGUGAUUGUUAAUUUGACCUCUGUGUAUUUAGAAUGGAUUCUUGUGAUUGUUUAAAGUAUGACUCUCUCUGUGUAUUGAUAUGUAUGCCCCUCUGUGUAUUGAUUAAUUUGCCCGUGUAGAUAAUUUAUACUCUUCUGUGUAUUGAUUAUUAUGACUCCUUGUGUAUUGAUGAAGUAUGUCUCUCUUGUGAUAUUAAGUAACCCCCUUGUGUUUUAGUAGGUGUCUUUUCCCUUUUGUAUUUAAAAUAAUAAUAAUUAUAUGCCAUUUGAGACCUUUUUUUCCCCAAAACGACUUAACAUGGUUUCAACCUUUUUUUUGGGGAUGGGGGUCCGGGGAUCGAACCCAUACCUUUGGCGUUACAAGCGCCCUGCUCUACAGCUGGCUAAGAGGACCACUCUUUUUGGGGAUUGAUUAAAGUUGCUCCUCGUGUAUUGAGUAAUGUAUGUCCUCUUUUGAUUUAUUAAUUAGACCUUGUGUAUUUGGUAAAAGUAGUCUCUCUCUGUGUUUUGGAAAGAUGACCUAUUGUAUUUAGAAUGUAUGACCUGUGUAUUGAUUUGUAUGACUCUUGUGAUGAUUAAUGUAUGCUUCCCCCUGGUAUUAGGAAUGUAUGUUCUCUCUGUGUAUUGUUAAAGAUGACUUAUUGUAUUGAUUAAAAGUAUGCUCCUCUUUUUAGAUUAAUGUAGGUCUCUGGUUUUAUUUAAGUUGUCUUUUGUGUAUUGAUUAAUGUAGACUCUUGUGUAUUUAUUAAGAUGACUCUCUUGUAUGAGUAAUGUUUUCUCCUUGUGUAUGAUUAAUGUAUGUCUCUCUCUGUGUAUUGAUUAAUGUAUGUCUCUCUCUGUGUAUUGAUUAAUGUAUGACUCUCUGUGUAUUGAGUAAUGUAUGACUCUCUGUGUAUUGAGUAAUGUAUGACUCAUUAGAAAGACCAGUAGUAAUGCUGUGUUUACUGUAGAAGCUGAUCAAGUCUGUUGCCUUCCUCUUCCUCGCCAAAUAUGAAGACGUCUCUCUCUCUCUCCCUCCCUGCAGGAAGUUGAUGAGCAUGGCGUUUGUGGACAUGAAUCCGUUCCCCCUGAGACAGAUCCAGAACCGACGGACCUUCCACCUGGAGAAGGUUAGACUGGAGCUAACAGAGCUUGAUGCCAUCAGACAGACCUUCCUCCGAGAGAGAGAGACGCACACCACGGCGCCCGACGCGCGCACGCUUUGUAGCGACGAUGAGGAGGACAACUAGCACACAGCCUAUCAGGGUGCAGUGCCUGCAGACAACAGCCUAUCAGGAACCACGUCUGGGUGAUUCUAGCCUGUCAGGAACCAGGUCUGUGUGAUUCUAUCCUAUCAUGGCCCAUCACCUGCAGACUCCAGCCAAUCAGGGCCCAGGGAUUUCAGACUCCAGCCAAUCAGGGCCCUAGCCUGGGUGUCCUGCCCACCUGCAGAUGCUGUCAUGAGUAAUGACCCACCAUGAUGACAAGUGCUGUAUCCACAGACUCCCCACUCAUUCACAAGUAGCUGCUCUGCAAUGCUGGACUUUUUUGUUGUUGGUGUAUAUUCUUCAUAGCUGGACCUGUCACCUCCAUGUUCUCCACAUGCUGGACCUGUCACCUCCAUGUUCUCCACAUGCUGAGUACUGCGGCUUGUUGAGGACCAGUGGACCAAAACGCUGGUGGCCAAAGGUUCUUGCUAUUACUUCCAGUAUUCCUGCCAAGCUUUUGUAAACACCAUAAUCGCUGUUUGUUGAUCUGUUAGUUGUGGCUGAGGGACAUUGAGUUGAGAGAUUGACAUGACAACCACCAUGUUAUUCUGUCCCACAGCCAUACAGCUGUGAUUGCAGAGCUGGAUCAUUGCAAUCUGAAUCAGUAUUUUUCAAAGAAAUCAUUGUGCUUGUUGAGAGGAGGGACUGAUUGUAUUUUCUGAUGUAAAUCUUUUUCUUCAAUACAACCUCUAAUCUGAAUGCUUUAGCCCUCCCAAAUGAUAGGUAGGUGGGUGUCUUGGUGGUAGGAGACCAUGCUGCAGUAUUAGACAGUACAGGAACCAACACACCUGGUCUACCAAAGACUUGAACCACUUUUACAGAAACGUCUGUUGAUUGGCGCUUUCCAUGGAAACCUUGGACCAAUAAUAGUCCAUCAUUCCAGGCUCCAGUAAUGUUCUAGGAAUGCAUUCUAGAAGCAGAACCCGGGUUCACCUCGGCCCCUGUCGUGGGGCAGGAGUUCUUCACCUCGGCCCUGUCGUGGGGCAGGAGUUCUUCACCUCGGCCCUGUCGAGCACAGCUUCAA